UCUGUUACUCACUCCGUCUCCAACUUUGAGAGGAAGUUACCACCUCUUCCCCAGACUCUGCACACACACGCUCAGGCAGACACACACAGUCUUCAGGACUUGACCGCAGCAGCAACAGGGAAUCAACAGAAACAGUCAGGACUGCUUGUAAGCUUGUGUUUUUUUUUUUAAUUUGGAGGGGAAGAAGACUAAGAUUUGCAGUUUGCCUGAGGCUUUCUGUGUGGACUGAACAGUCUCAGAAGGACUUUUUUUUCUUAUCACUGACCGGGUUGCCAAAUGAACUGUUUAGCCUGAGGACCAAAGAUCACAGGCCUUGAUCCAACAGCAAGGGAGCGAAAGCGAGAGGAGCGUGAUCAUUUUGCAUCCAUUCUCCAACUUCUCAUUACGCUAUGAGCUGGGACUGAGGUCGUGCUCCAGAGUUUCAUUUUUUUGCUGUGAAGGAAACAAAGUCAAGAUAACCAUGGAUGUGAAGAAAAAAGAAAUGGACCUGCUGAGCAACAGCAUAGCUGCUUAUGCACACAUUAAAGCAAACCCAGAGACCUUUGGCCUUUACUUCGUGCUCGGAGUGUGUUUCGGCCUGGUGCUGACGCUCUGUCUCCUGGUCAUCCGCAUCUCCUGCAAGCCACGGACCAACGUCGCCCCCUCCACGCCUGAGAAAAAACAGUUAAAGGACAUCAGCGAGGAGGAGGAAGAGAGCGAGGAUGAUGAGGAUGAAGAAGGGGACGAUGUAGAGGCACCAGUCCCUUUGCCCAGCACAGAAAUCCCUGUUGGUAAUCAUAGCAGCCAAUCGGAUGGGACGCUGAGUGUGAACGUAUUUACCUCAGCUGAAGAGCUGGAAAGGGCACAGCGACUGGAGGAGAGGGAACGUAUCAUACGUGAGAUCUGGAGGAAUGGCCAACCUGAUAUCCUGGGGACGGGAACAGGGACCAUUGGAAGAGUGCAUUACUACUAAGAGGCUAAAAGGGAAACACUGUAAACUCUGUGAACGAGUGACAAAGACCUUUGAGUGGUCCCGGUGUCCCUGAAGCUUGCAAGACUUGAGAACCUUUGUUAGAAACAAAAAAAACCAAAAACAAGUGGAAACAGAACAAGCAGUGAUGUCCCACACUUUGGGAACUUUGAGUUAUUGCACUUCUUAUGAAGCAAUGUUAUUUUCAACUGACUACAUGGACUUAAACCAAGAGAUGUCUUAAUGACUGAUUAAUCCGCAUGGAAAAGAGAAUGAAUGUGAAUUGUACGAAUGUGGGAGCUAAUGGACAGUUAAAGUAUACAGUCUAUUAAAAUGGAUGGCGCUUAAGGACAGAAAUGCACACAACUAGGUUUAUGUAGGUUAUGUGAAAAGUGAAAAAUUAAAGCAUAAAUAAGGACAAUGUAUGUACUGUAUGUUGCAAUGAAGAUUAUUUGUUUGCAGUGAAAAAGAAAAGGAAAUUACAUUGUUUGAACAAGCACAUAUCAGUCAAUUGGCGUGGGGAGGUUGGGGGGGGGGGAUUAUAAUGUAUAAUCCAAUAAAGAUUGGAGUCUUUAAUUAACAUUAACUCCAUGUUUGUGUUUUCAGGGAUAAUUCCAGCAGAGGAAAUGAGAGAAUUAAAGUAUUAAGCUGAAAUAAUUUACUGGUGUUUCUCUUCGUAAUGCUCAAAUGUCAGACAAAUCUAGCCAACAACAGAGCUCUUCCUCUCCGUACCUUUAGGCCAUGGAUUUAUAAUCAAGUUUUUUUUUUAAAUCGCAAAGUUUUUUUUAUCUGUAUGAUUAAUCAAAAGGUAAUUUUUUUCUUCAUUUAUUAUUUCUGCUCAGUGUCUCUUGUCUUAAAAGGUUAAAGAAAUACAGUUUUAUAAUAAAAUUUCUGGGAACUCCAAAGCAGUCCUCUUGUGACAGUAAACAUUUCUGCAAGGCCCUGAUGAAGCCAGCGUUGUAAAGGGAUGUUCUGAUAGCAAAGUGUGCAGGAUAACUUUGAAUUGAAUCAUUUCUCUUCCUCUUAAAGAAAAAAAACUUGAGGUAAGUUGGAAAGCUAAAAGUCCGGCUAAAAGUCCGUCCAUUUUACUUGAAGUCGAUUUUAUGGUUUAAAAAAUCGUAGUUGCAUCACUUCCCAUGCCGGUGUCGCUGCUCCGUUGGUCUGUUGGUCAUAUUAGUUGUCCUCAAAUGCCACUCCAAGCCGGAAGUCAGAGUUUUCAUUCCCGCACCUCAAAACGUGAGACCACAUCACAGAGCUAAGUAAUAGCUGUUUAUUCUACCGUGUAUUGUGAAAGAUGCCUUGGCUGUGCUGAGCUGCUUUCCUGUGCUUGGCAGUGAUUUUAGCCACGCGAGCAGUGAGGUGCUGUGGGUUGAUAAGUUGGUUGGUCCACCAGUUUGGUCCAGACUGAUAUGUCUUCACAACUAUUGGAUAGAUUGAUAAAAAAAUAUCGUAGAUGUUUAUGUUCCCCGCAAAGACAGACUACAAACUUAAGUGAGCCUCUUUCCUCUAGUGAUAUUUUUAGGUUAGAGUGAUAUAUCUCAACAACUAAAAUUUGGUACCGACAUUCAUGGUUCCCAGAUGACGUAUCCUAAAAAUUUUGGUGAUCCCCUGAUUCUUUGUUUUAGCACCAGAAGUAGGUUGAAAUUUUUGGCCCUAGUCAUUCUAAGACAUUCAUGUAUUCCACAGGAUGAUUUGCAGUAACUUCAGGAAUCCCCAGACUUUUCAUCUAAGGCCACCAUCCAGUCAAAGUUUUGAUUUUUCCAAUACUUUGGUUUACGACCAAAUACCUGAAAAACUGGAAAAACAUUGGCAUUGUGAGGAUGUUAACUUACUGACAAUAGCAUUUAGCUCAAAGCACAAAGUAUAGAGUUGCUAAACUAUUGUAAAAUUGCCUUUCUGCUGACCCCACUGUCUUUUUUGCAUAUCUUUGAGUUGCUAAUUCUUGCUCUUGUGCUGCUGACAUUUGUCUGCUGGCUGAAUUUGCUCUAAUGCUGUUAAUACUGUAUAUGCUGACUGCUUUUCUGAUCCUACACUGUUAAUAUGAUGCUGGCUGCCAAUUCCUGCUCUUAUUUGUGCUUUAGCUGUUGAUAUUUGUUUGCUGGCUGAAUUUUUUCUUAUGCUGUUAAUGCUGUAUGUGUAUGCUGCUAAUAUCUGUCCCUUUGCUGUUGAUAUAAUGCUGGCUUCUAAUUUCUGCUCUUAUUCUGCUCAUUUACAAUAUGUGCAGGGUUUGGAUUGGUAUUAAUUGUGAAUAAUUGUGAAUGCCUUUCCUGCAAUGGUCGAGCUCAUUUUUCUUUUGGUUGUUCAGCAUGUGCAAUAUGAUGCUUUCAUGCUUUUGACUUAUACAGUACAAGUGCCUUUGAUACUCAUGUUUGGACCGUGGGCUGAAUGGGUUUUAGAAAUUUUCCGAUGGCUCACUGUACUGACUUGUGUCUCUAGUAGGGUAAUAUUGUACACUGGCUUCAGGGAUGUAAAUGUGACUAGGACCAAAGCUCAUUAAUGUAAUUACUUCCCUGUAGUAUUGGCUUCAUGGGAAACUCAGCAUGGCUUUUGUCACCCACAAGAUAGGUAGCCAUUUUCCCAUUUUUUCAGACACUUUAUGUUCAUCUCAGUUAGAGAGAGAGUUCAAUGCAAUGACUGCUCGCUUUACCGUUUUUCUUUUGCAUCUGUACUACUGCUGCUUCUAUGGUUGCUUUGCCUCUCUCUAUCCAUGUGCUGAUGGUAUGCUGGUCACCGAUACAUAACAUUAUUAACAUCUGCCUCAGUUUGCUAUAUAUUUCUUGAUUGGAGAUGCUUUGGCCAUACUGGGGCCUGCCCCACAGAAAUAAAAUAAUCGCUAAUUAGUAUAUUCUCUUCGUUGUCUGUGGUGCCUUGCAGAGGAAUUGCCCACACGUAGUAGAUUCCACAUAAUAACUGGUGUCAGCUAUUGUGUCGUAUGUGGUUUUGGGGGAAGAGGAGUGUAUUUAUGUCACUCCCAAAAUGCUGCUGUUCUGACUUUGGAUGCAUGCUCACGCGGAAUGACAAGGUCAGAUCUUAGAUGGCUAACAUCAAGUCUGUAUUCACAUAAUAAAUCUGUUCCACAUGAGUUGGCUGACUUAAAUAUUGCUUGGCUGCCAAUAAGGACUUACAGAACAUUGAUGAAUUGCCCGCACUGGACGAAUGUUUGUACUGGACAUUAUCGCGAGUCGAUCUACAGUGGUUUGGUGAUUUACAAGUUACGAAAAUAUGAAUUCUUGGCGUGUCAGUAAAGCUGUACAAAAGGAAAAAAUUUACUGAAUACUCGUCAGGGUAUAGCAUAUGUCGACAUUCUUUCUGUUGGCCAACCUGGAGACAGAGGCUUUAGUGUUACAUCCUUGUGCUUUGAAGCUGGUGUAGCGUUGCAUGGAGGAACGUCUUGGAUGGAGAGGAAAGCAGGCCAAGAACUAUCUCUAGAGUCUUCCUUUGAGUACAAACUGUGCUGGAGGAGUAGACAGGGCUAAGGUUUGCCUUGUGGCCCACUCUGUUUUCACAUGGAGCCCACACUGAAGUCUUCUCUGUCGACGUCUUAGAAAAGCCUCUCAUGUGGUCACAGGCUUUCAGAAAUCAGUGGCGUUGAUGGUGUGGACUCUUUGAAGUUGCUGUGUAAUUAUAUUUGUAUAGACCUCUUGUGAAAGGCCUCUACCUCAAAAUAAUAGGCCCUAAAAUAUGUUUUACUGGUCCCAUGAUUGAAUAUUUUGAAUAGUGUCCUUUUCAUUUUGCAGGAUGUAAUCAAGGCGCACAUGUAAUUACAUGCAACAUAUUUUAGCCUUAUGGUAAUUAUGCAGUUAUGAAACAGUACAUCAAUAAAAUUAAGUGAAUAUCAACAUUAAGGAAAUCCAGUUAGGGAAAGCCUGGGAGAGAUCUCCACAAAGACAAACGUAAUGCACAGUGUAAGGCUGUCAUUUGUGAUUCUUUGGCUGAUUCCAGAAAACACUCCUUUAUAGAUAAUAACAUCAAUAGCUACAUCCAUGCUAUUUAACCACUCCCUUAAAUAGUGAAAAUUAUUUUCAUUUUGUUACAAUGGUGAAAUUUAAAUGUUUUUCGGAGUGUAAAAUGCAGCAAACAAUAUUAUUCUUAAAAUA